AUGAGCUCGCACGACGUGCGCGAUAUCCUCUCGCUCCCUAAGCGUACGCAGGAGCCUGGGCCUAGCCGCGCUCCCGUGCGUGCCCCACCAAUUCUUCCGGGCGAUGCGCGCCCCAAGCAGCGACCGGAGGGCAUGUCUCGUGAGCUGUAUGCGCUCCUAGGGCCGAACGCGCCUAGCCUCGUCAUGGGCCAGGCCGACGGGCCCGGUAGCGAGGGCCCAGGCAGUGGGCAUGCCUUUCAGCCCAAGUUCCAGCGCAGGGCGCACACGGCACACGUCCGCAAAUGGAUGUGGACGCCGUUCCGCAAUCCCGCACGGCGCGACACGCCGGCCGAGUCGGACCUGCAGGGGGAGGAGGCAGCGUCGCCCCGAGGUCUCGUGCUGCAUCACUGGCGCCCUCUGGACCCGAAUGCUUCUCAGAACGACGAUGAGGCCCCUCUCGACGCUGUAUGGGCCCCGUACAACACUGCGUCCCAGGUGUUCCACUACACCACCGAUGAAUAUACCCAGUACUUGGCAGACGACGACUGGUCACGCGAAGAGACAGACUAUUUGAUUGAGAUGUGCGAGACGUAUGAUCUGCGCUUUAUUGUGAUCGCCGACCGCUACGAGUGGCCUGGCCGUACGCGCAGCAUCGAGGACCUCAAGGCACGGUACUACACGAUCUGCCGGCGGUUGCUGCGCGAGCGCAUCAGCAACGAAGACAUUGAGGCGCGGCAGGCGCAGCUGCAGACAUACGCGUACGACCGCCAGCAGGAGAUGGAGCGCAAGCGUGCGGUGCAAACACUCUUUUCGCGCACGCCCGAGCAGCUCGCAGAGGAAGAAGCGCUGUAUGUCGAGGCGCGCCGCCUCGAGCAAAACGAAGCCAAGUUUGCUAAGGAGCGCGACGAUUUGCUGCGUCUUCUGGGCGGCCGCGAAGGACUGCCGACUUGCUCAUCCGCGACGGUCGCUGCGGUCGGUGCCGGUCUUGUGUGGCCGCCGGGCAGUGCGACAGAGGAUGCAUCGGCGGACAGCGCCAAGAAGCUCAAGCGUCGCCGCUCUGACUCGGUGGCGGCUGCUGGCAAGGUCAAGGACCCGAAGCAGCAGCUGUUCGAUGCACAGCAUGGCAUUACACGUUUCUCUACGACGAGCCCCCAUGUACUGCGCACGCCGUACCCCAACCUGAUCGGCACGCCAUCUGUGUUGCCGCCUGUGGCGGCACCGUCGUCGGGGUCGACCAAGGCCGAGGCACACGCGCACCAUGGUGCCUACCUACGCUCGACGCGUAUGCUCACGUUCCGACCUAAUCAGUACACGCGCGUGAUGCAAGCGCUCGCAGAGCUACAUCCUCCUAUGGGUGCGCGGCUCGUGUACCCUACUGCGACGAAUGUGGAAAAGUGGGAAAUGCUUUUGGGGGCUGUGGCUGGUGCGCUGGAUAUGAAAAAGCAACUCGAUCGUGUCGAGGCUGAGUACAAGAUGGCGCAGGCGCGCCUGGCGGCGGCGCAGGCGGGCCGGGCGGAGCCUGCCACGGAUACAGUGGCACCUCCAGCCGAGCCCACUAUGCCGAGCUCUGCUGACGUGCCGUAG